AUGGCGAUUCGCUGCAGAGAGACCAAGGCUUGGGCUUUGGAUGCCACCAGGGGCUGGCUAGUCGCCCUGCCCAGCCCCGCCCUACCGGCUGCUGGGCGCGUGGCACAGAGAGAGCAGGCAGCUGAGUUCCCAUCGCCAGUCACCACCGCGCCAGUCCCAUUUAAAGCUAACUCUGGCAUUAAGAAAAAGCUGAGUGGGCCCAGUUUCUGCAGCGCUUUCUUCUGCAAGAUGAACACCAUUCUGCCUUGCCAAGAUCAGUAUUUUGUAGGAGGCCAGAGUUAUAAUUGCCCGUAUUCCACUACAACGUCAGAAUCUAGUGUUGAUGUUUCCAAGGAGACUUGGGUCUCUUUCUGGGCUGCUGGUCUCCUGGACAACGCUGAGCCCCAACAAGCAGCACAGACACAGGAGGCAUCUUGCGAUCUCAGUGUCCCUGGUCUGGAUUCAUGUUCAUGGGAAGAGGCUCAGCUUUCCUCUCAGCUCUACAAAAAUAAACAGCUCCAGGAUACUCUCCUACAGAAGGAGGAAGAACUUGCUAGGCUACAUGAAGAGAAUAAUCACCUCAGACAAUACCUGAAUUCUACUUUGGUUAAAUGUCUGGAAGAAAGGGCAAAGAAAUUGCUCUCAUCAGAUGAUUUCUCCAAAGUGUGUGGGAAACUCAGAAAAGAGAAGAGGAAACCCAAAGAACACAGACAUCCCCCUGCUGAGAUACCCCAGUCCAAAACUGCCAAGAGAAACCUCUCCACAGAGUUUUCUAACUGUGAAGGACAAUCCGGGCCCUGUGUGGACCCCUGGGUUCUUCAAACCCUUGGAUUGAAAGACCUCAACACCAUUGACGACACCCUUCCAGCUAACUACAGUGCCAUUGCCUUCCAUCCCAGAACAGUCCCCAGUACAUCCUCCCAAUUUCUACAUGACACAGUUGGCUUUGAAACUAUUCCUAGAAAUCUGCACCUUGACCGUGGAGAGAACAGAAUACAUGCCUCCCAUGGCAACACCAUCUCUCAGCAAGACUGUCACUGCUUUUCUAGGCUUUCCAAUCCUCCGGUAGGGGUGCAAACACUUGCUUUCCACAGUGGAGGUGUGUCACCCAACAAGACAGAAGUGGCCUUUUCCACAUCACUGAGCCCUCACUGCAAUGUGAAAACACACUCUUUCCACCAGGGACAAGCCUUUGUGCGCCGAGAUGAGGAGGGAGGCUGGAAGUUUACCUGGGUCCCUAAGCAACCUUAGUGACCCCUCUUCUAUCACAGAGUACUGCCAGGACCUCUGUUUACAAAGAUCUCUUUCACAUGGACUUGACCAUUCAGAACGCAACAGCGUUUGCCUGCCUUCUGCCACUGCCAGUGUUCCUUUAGGUUACUUACUUAAAUCUGCAGAAUAUGGUUGUCAGGAAACCAUACUAAUAGGUAUCUAUCUGCUCUUCUUUUACUUGCAUUUUACUUGUUUACAUGUCCAUACCUGCAGUUGACUUUCUCUUUUUGUCUGACACAUGAAGAUGUAUUUUCUAAUCACAUAUAUUUUCAAGAUCAAAAUGUACUAUCUCAACUAUGGCCAGUUUUACCGCCUAUCAUUUUGGCCAAGUGGUCUAUAUGAUGCUUCUAUUACUCCCCUCUUUGUCUUUAUUUCUGAAAAAUACUUUUAGAAUGAGCCCUAUUUCUGCUUCACACCCUUACUACUAAGUGUUCACAAAUUGAGGGAUCUUCUUAUUGGCACUACUAAAGACCCAGUGUUGAUGUAAGUAACAUUAUGUCCUGGGAAGAGCAAAUCAUUGAUAUUGUCCAAGUUCCAACAAUGCUAAGCUCACUGAUAAGCAACACAAAUUAUAGCAGUUGAAAGGAUUACUGCGACUUUAAAGUGCUGUGUGCUACCUCUAUUGGCACUUGGCAUGGUUUCUUUGAGGAGUAUGGUUCAAACUGUUUUCGAAGGACUUUAAUUUUAAAAGAGGUGGGGAGAUUUCCUAAACUACACAGACCCGGACAGCUCUGUCACUGGAAGAGCAGCUUGCCUUUGUCAUUGUCUUUUCCUUUUGUAUUCUUCACUCUACAAUCCCCCAUAAUAUGUAUAGGGUACUUAGUAUCCAUGUUAGACAAGGCACUGUGAAAUAUGUCCUGAGUUCCGGACUUCUGCACAGGUUAACCUUGAGAAAGAUACUUCAUAUGUGUGAAGAUUUAGUUUUCUUAACUCUAGAAUAUAGAAGUUGGACUACGUGAUCACUAACAUUCUGAGUGGAGUGCAUGAUCCAUCAGCUUUAUCCCAGCCUUUUCUUCCUCUUAAUUUUAAUAAGUGAUGCAGAUAUUAUGUAGGGUGAACCUUACAUACAAUCAGAACAAGGAAAAGGACUAUAAGCAAUACAUACUUGGCAUCAUCAGUUCUGUUCUGAUCAGGAUGUUCUUCAGGACAUGUCGGUUUUGCAUGGGAGAGUCAUUUGCAUCUACCAAUAAAGACAUGUUAAUUUUCAAACUAUGCAUAGCUUAAAUGCAAAUACUAACAUCAAGGAUUUCUUGCUUUCUAGAUUAAAGAAGUGUUCACAAAAGUUUGUUUCCUUUCUACCCUGUUCUUCCCAGGAUUAAGCACAUAUCAUGAACAUAUACCUGUAUUGUAUGCACACACACUAUUGCUGUUUUCUUUUUCUUUCUCUCUCCAUUCCAUCUCAGUUACUCAGUUCACAGAAUCUGUGUCGGAAACGUUCACUGUGUGGAAUUCUUUGUAACAAAGGUGUGUUCCUU